GUUUGAUUUUGGUUGAAAUAAAGAUGCUCCCAUUUGCGAAUCCAUUGAACCCCAAACCAGAAAGGGGAAAAAAGCAAAAUCAGAGAGACAUGGAUUCUCUGAAGAUGAUCAAAGGGUACGGCAAAGUACAACACGAUCAAAGCCACCUCGAAGACCAACAACAACAUCGUAACCCCAAAUCCUCAAAACCCUUCAUCGCCACCUUUUCCAUCUUCGCCGUCCUCUUCCUCACUCUCACCGUCGCAUUCGCCUUCGUUUCACUUGUCCACCACACCAGCACCGAGUCAAACCAACAUCAUCUCAACUCGGCCGACUCAAUCCGAGUUGUUUGCAACGUGACUCGCUACCCCGCCUCCUGCCUCGCCGCCAUCUCACCCUCCGCCAACGCCACCGACCCAGAAGCCAUCCUCGCCCUCUCUCUACGCGCCUCCCUCCACGCGCUCUCCACGCUCGCUUCUUCGCUUGGAACCAAGGGACACGCGCUCGCCGAUUGCAAAGACCUGAUGGACGACGCGCUGAGUCGACUCAACGACUCGCUUUCGACGAUGGCGGCGCCGCCGCUGACGGAGGCAAAGAUCGCCGACGUCCAAACGUUGGUGAGCGCGUCCAUGACGGAUCAGCAAACAUGCCUUGACGGGUUGGAAGAGGUGGGUGACGUGGCAGCUCUUGCGUAUAUGAAAAAAUCGAUGCAAAGGUGCAGUGAGUACACCAGUAACAGCUUAGCCAUUGUUGCUAAUAUUCACAACUUGUUACGCCAAUUCCAUACUCCACUCCAUUGAAUUUGAGUUUUUCAUUUAUGCCUUUUUUUUGUGGUUUUCUUAUUUUUUGUUUAAUUUUGCAGAAGGGUUUGGAUUUUGUGUAUUGUUUAUGGGGUGUGAAUGUGUGACCUUUGGUUGUAUAAAAAUGUAUGUAGCUAUGAAAAGUGUUGUGAUGGUUGACAAAAUUGUAGAGUUCAAUGUUAAUGCGGCAGUUGAAAUGGACCGUAUUGUAAGUGAGGGGAGGGAAUUGAAAGCAGAGAGACGGAAAGAUGAAAUUGUUUAUAGAUAUGCUUGUUGAAAUAUUUCUUUAAUUGAGAGUUUUAAUUAGUUGAAAUAACUAAAGAUCUAAACUUGUUGUACAUGCAAUCUUCAUGAUAUGAUUUAAAGGCUGUUUAUUCUGUUAAAUCAGGUUAUAGGUGUGGGAAAGGAAAUACAAUAAAUCAAACCAAA